ACGUCGUAACGUAUACAUACGUUUUGUCAUUUGUUGGCUAAGCCGGAGACGCGGACGGCCGUCGUACCUGUGCUUACGCGAAAACAAAGCCGUUUCAUCGACGUUUGAUCGAUCGAUCGGUCACCAGUCGCGAAUUCGCGCGUUUGCAACCGCGAACGCGCCAUGGAUCUACAACGUGGUGGACGAGUGAAAAUCGGACCGAUAUUCGUGUGUGUGGGAAAGUAGCCGAGAAUCGAAUUGGAAAUAUCAGCUAGGCUCGUAGUGAAUGCUGUUCGAGGAGCUGUUUGGCCCAUGGGGCCUGCUUAUCGUAAUCGCGAUAGGAGUGGGCAUCAUCCUGAUCGCAUUGCUCUUGUUCGUUUGCUUUCUCACACCUGGUUGCAUCGGCUACGAGUGUUUCAGGAGAUCAAGCAAAGAAGACAAAAACAAAAAGGUUGUCCCGCGAGCAAAGAAUCGAGAGAAAGAAAACUUGAAGCUAAGCGACGUCAGCUAUAGAUCUUGGAGAUUGGGUAGCCUGUACGAAAAUGAUAAUAAUGGCACCAUUAGCGAAAACGUGGAAUCGCACAGGGACUCGUACAAUUCUGCUAGUGCUCAAUGCGAAAACGUAGAGUGCUCCUCCACUCUGAAUUUAAUUCAGGACAAGCAAAAGAGCGACAAAAAGGUGAAGGAGUUUCCAACCGAAUUAACAAUAAGCUUGCAAUUCUUGCCACCCUGCGGCGACGUGAUCGGCGGGAAACUCGUUAUCGGUAUCGAGGCGAUGUGCGGCCUUCCUCCGAAGCAGUACAACGGCACGCUGGAACCUUACGUAGCACUGAAUAUCGUGAAGCAAUCCUGGAGUCACAGGAAACGGCAGAAAUUGCACAGUUUUCGGACGAGAAGCAUCAGGCAUACCGCCAGCCCGAUUUAUAAGGAGACUUUCGUCAUCGCGGAUGCAAAACUGCAGGAGGCUAAGGAAUGGAUUCUAGAUUUCACAGCGUACGAUCACGACAGAUAUGCGAAUCAUACGGAAUUAUGUUCCCUCAAGGUACCGCUGAAAGACGCAAAGAGGAUUUUCUACAGUCCGGAGAUUCAUUUGUUCAAUUACAGAAUGAAACCCUCCAAUCAGGAGUUUGGCGACAUUUUGUUAGCCAUAAGUUACCUACCCACCGCCCAGAGACUGACCAUCAACAUCAUGAAGCUGCGCGACAUCAAAUUUACGCCAACGGUAUCGAGUUUAAACGAAUUCAAUCCGUACGUUAGAGUGCUAAUGUUGAACGGGAGGACGGGUAAGAAAAUGAAGAAGAAGAAAACGAAAUUUUUCCACGCCGUUGCGCAGCCCGAGUUUAACGAGACUUUAACGUUCGACCUAGCGGUCACCCAGCUCGAUACCGUUCAAUUUCUGGUUGUGCUUUGCAGCAAGGUCUUAUCGGAGGGAUCAGUCGCCACGAAUACCGGCGAUCACGCGAGCGACAGCGAGGACUCGGUCAACUCGUUCAACAAAUCGACCGACGUCUUUAUCGGCAAAGUAGCGCUGGGAAAAGGCGUGAGAGGUGCGACGGAAAGACUGCAUUGGUUCUCGGUGCUCCAAAAUCCAAGGAAACUCGUCACCGUGUGGCACACUUUGAAAUGAACUUUAAAGCGUGCCCUCGUUGUUACAUGUGUAUGUACAUGACCGCCAUUUCGCAGCGAGUCUUUUACGCGUUACUGUGCAAUCACGAUUGUUGAAAUGUUAAUUAUAGUGUAAUUAUUUAUUUAAUAAUUUAAUCCUCGUAAUAUACAUUAUUAGCGCUAGUGGAUUAUGCGUGUAUGCGUGUGUAACCGCCAAAGAUUACCUUGCGAAUGAACGUCCUUUUAAGUUUCUGUGAUUAAUCGAAAUGACGAAAGAAUAAUAAAAAUUAACAGCAGAAAUCUC